CAGGUCUUUGCGCAGACGAGAUGCAAAUCCAGAGCGGUACCGGUAAAAGGCUGACGCCAAGAUCGGAGAUGGCCAUUCAUCUGCAGCGGAACGGACAUAGAAGUAGUUAUGAUGAAAGCGCUUACUUACCGAAGCAAAAUUUGAAAUACAGUCAGAUACUCUCUCUUUUUUCCCCUCCAACGUCUGCCCAUUUCCUUCCACUUUCAGUAUGAGCGGAAGUUUGUUCUGCUGAGCUUUGAAGACUACAGAACCCAUCUCAAGUCUGCCUUUGACUUCUACUCUGUAUGGAGAACGCAUCAAACACAUCUGAAACCCUAACCCUAAAGCGUCGGGGACAUGUUUGCACGGAUUUAAAUGUGUCGCGUUUGGUCGGGGUAGUUUGACAGAUAAGUACUGGACGACGCGCACGCAGGAAUCCGCUUCUUGGCCGCAAACAGGAGGAAAGCAGGAGGCUUAUAGUGAAAGUCAGCGAGAGGAGACUGUGGACGCACAGAUGGUGUUUCCGUGGGACGCCAAAUACGACCCUGCCCCCGGUCGCCGCUAUACUCCCCCCUCUACCACCCUCGCCUCGGGGGGGAAGAUGGCCGAGGCCCUGCCUCUCGGAGCCCAGGAGGCCGGUGGUGGAGCUGCUAUGGUGGGAAAAUUGCGAAUUGCAGACCACGGCAUGGUGGAGGUGAUGCCAGAUCAUCCAGGAGAGCUGGUGAAGACAGACAGUCCCAAUUUUCUGUGCUCUGUGUUGCCUACUCACUGGAGGUGUAAUAAGACUCUGCCCAUUGCUUUUAAGGUGGUUGCCCUGGGCGACAUUCCAGAUGGCACCUUGGUUACAGUGAUGGCAGGAAAUGAUGAGAAUUACUCAGCAGAGCUUCGCAAUGCGACAGCUGCAAUCAAGAACCAAGUGGCCAGAUUCAACGACCUCCGCUUUGUGGGCCGCAGCGGUAGAGGGAAAAGUUUCACACUGACCAUCACAGUAUUCACCAACCCUCCACAGGUGGCCACAUACCAAAGAGCCAUUAAAAUCACAGUGGAUGGUCCCAGAGAGCCGCGGCGUCAUCGUCAGAAGAUGGACGAAGUCAAACCAGGCUCCCUGGCUUUCUCUGAGAGGCUAACAGAACUGGAACAGCUGAGAAGGAGCUCCAUGAGGGUGACACCUCCUCAUCACCAUCAUCAAUCGUCAGCCAACAGUCGCCAACCUCCAACUCUCAACUCUGCCGCUUUCUCCAGCCCCACGCACACUCAGAUAACUCCUGAUUCCAGACAGAUGCAGUCAUCACCAUCAUGGUCUUACGAUCAAUCGUAUCCUUAUCUUGGCCAGAUAACUACACCCACUGUUCCCACGGCUAAUUCUCUAUCACCUGGUCGUUCUUCUCUCAGUGACCUGUCCUCUCGACUAACAGGCUCUGAGCUCACUGCCUUUGGUGACCCAAGGAUGACCUUAGAACGGCCUUUCAGUUCCCUGCCCUCCUUGCCUGACUCACGUUUUUCUGAUCCCCGGGUGCACUAUCCUCCCACUGCAGCUGCCUUUACCUACACCCCAUCCCACAAUCCAGUCUCCAAUGGUGCACUCGGUAUCACAAUGGCAACAGCCAUGGCCACCACCCCUGCAGGGAGGUACCACACCUACCUGCCUCCACCCUAUCCUGCAAAUGCACCCCAAGCUCAGAACGGGCCCUUCCAGUCCACCUCCUCACCAUAUCUCUACUACUCCACUGCCGCUGGCUCCUACCAGUUCUCCAUGAUGACAAGCGGAGCAGGCAGCAGUGAUUCACGCUCACCACCAAGGAUCUUGCCACCAUGCACCAAUGCCUCCACAGGUUCUUCCCUCCUGCACCCCUCUUUACCCAGUCAGAACGAAGGGGUGGGUGCGGAGGUGGAGUCCAGUCACAGUAGCUCACCAACAAACAUGGCUCCUGCUGAAGCUGUCUGGAGACCCUACUAAACGAGUAAUGGCAGAAGUGAAGGGUGCACCCACCCACUUUGUCAUGUGAUGCACACACUGGCAAGGGUGGAACAAAUAAAAUGAAACGGUAACAUCCGGUGGGUCUGCCUACUAAUUAGCAAGGAAUAUUGAGUUUCAAGUUAAGCUGCAUGUUAAGACCAGUUUAUGUUAGAACUGGCUAAUGUCGGUACCAAACAUCACACAACUGGAAGCCAGAAGAGUACAGCCAGUAGGAAAUACUGUCACAUCAGGGUCUAUCAAGAUAGGAUUGCUCUCUGUAGAGGAGAAACAACAAACUGAAGACACUGUGCUUGAGCAGGACUGGACUGAUCUCAGCCAAGCAUCCUUUGUUCAGUACCAGGACUUAUUCGUCAUAAUGUGGUUGAUGAUGUGAAUAUAUUAUUUGCUCCUGACAAAUGUUGUGAUGAACUGUUUGUGUUUACUGUAUCAGCAUUCUUUCUCCCUUUUUUCUUUCUCAACUAAAGUUCAAGAAAUAUCAUUUUAGACAUGAAAUAGUUCAAAGUUUUCCAUUGUUUCCAUUUCCAAAGUUCACUGUAUUCCAUUAGCUGUGUUCAUCCAAGAUGGUCUUCUCUGUUCUCCAAAUCCACCACCAUUUAAUUUUGAACCAACAAACCAUCGCACCAAAGAUUGCACCAUUGUAAAAGCAUUGAAUUUGUUCUCAUGACACCUUUUUAGAGUUUAUUUCAUAUUUGUUCCUGUCUGUGUGCAUAUGUGUGUUUGGGUGAGAGUCCAUGUAAUUGUGUGUCUGUGUGUCAAAUUUUCCAGUGAUCCACUACUGAUUUGUACCAUAUAUAGCAAUGACUGUAUAUGACACCCUAAGAUUGUUUUCAUCACCCCUUCCUCUCUCUCAUUGUCUCUCUCAAAUAGACACACAGACUCAGAGAGACAUACAAAGACACACACACACACUUACGUCAUAGUUUGCUAUAACACUGUUGUGUAUAUUUCAAUUAGACUGAUGUAAAUAUAAAGAAAACACAACUGUUUCCUGGUCCUUUAAUAUGUUUUCAUUGUUAUUUGUCUCUUCAUGAAUAAUCUGCCCUAAGACAAAACACACACACACAACACACACACGAUCUUUUGCUGUUUCUGACCCUGAACCUGAAGUGCAACACCAACACACUUAAAAGUCGAGUGAGAUACCUGACACCUGCAGCCUGGAAUUUAAUACCAAAUGAGUAAUUCAAGUUUGUAGAUGACUGGAUCUAUUCAUAUAAAAAGGACACCAAGGUAUCGUUGGAGACAGCUGGAUAUAUUUCUAACAAAAUGAAACUCAGAGUCUGUACUCUCCAAACUGAAUGAAAUGUUAUUUUUAAACAGUUUUUAUUUCAGUUGAGGUUGUGUGCAAAAUAGAAACGUUCAAAGUUCUUGGAUUUAUUUCUUAAACUCUUUACCUAAUAUCGUUCCCAAAUGUAAGAACAAGAGUUGGUACUCUCUAAGGUGUGUAGCAUGAUGUUUCCAUCUUAUGACGACAGGUAUUGGUGCUUUCUUUUGAGUUUUGAUAUAUGACACAGUAUACACUAUAUUGUCAAAAGCAUUUGCUUGUCGGACUUCACAUACAUAUGAUAUCCCAUUCUUAAUCGAUUAGGUUUUCCACAAGGUUUAGGAGUGUGCUUAUAGGAAUGUUUUAGCAUUCUUCCAGGAGUGCAUUUAUGAUGUGAGUCACUGAUGAAGGACGAGAAUACUUGGCUUGCAAUCUCCACUCUAACUCAUUCCCAGGUCUAUAUGCAGGCCAGUCCAGUUCUUCCACUCCAAACCGCUUUGUGCACUGGUGUGCACUCCUGUUGGAACAAAGUUUGGGGCUUGAAAUUGGAAUACUUUGGUAUCCUAAAUUAUUAAGAGUUCCUUUAACUGGAAUUAAGGGUCCCAGCCCAAGUCCUGAAUAGCUACCCAACACCAUGAUCCCCCCCUCCACCAACCAUUACACCCGGCACGGUGCAGUCAGACAACUAACUCCUGGCAACAAACCCAGACUUGCCCAUUAGACUGCCAAAUGGAGAGGCAUGACUCUUCACUCCAGAUACCACAUCUUCACUGCUUUAGAGUUUAGUGGCAGCAUGCUUUAUUUUUAUCCAACACUUUGUGUUGUGCUUGGUUAUGUAAAGCUUAGAUGUAGGUCCUCAUUCAUGGAAACCUUUCCGAUUAAGCUCUUUGUUCUUGAGCUAAUCUGAAGGCCACAUGAAGCUUGGAGGUCUGUAGUAAUUGACCCUUCAGAAAAUUGAGUACUGAGCAGAUGAUCUAUUGGACUUAGAUAAGGCAAGCGUGGAGCCCAGUGCAUUAUAUUAUUUCCUCCAUCCAAAAGGAUGAACUACUGUUAAUAAAUGAGGGAGGCCAUUGUCAUGCAUUGUCAAAGGAAGUCAGAGCCCACUGCACCAGUGUAGUGUCUAAUAAUGUGUUAAGACAAUUUAAUCCCAGUAUCUAAUGGUGGUCAGGGUGCCAUUGCCUAGCCUGUAGAGGUCUAUGCAAUCCAUUCAUUGAUUUGUCUUCCCAGAUCAUUACUGGCACAGUACCCAAAUGGUUAUGUAGAACGAUGAUACAAACAACAUAAAUGACAAUUGGACCUUCACACCACUGGCCUGCUGAAGGUCAUUUUGUAAGGGAUUGGCAGUGUUCAUCCAGAUACUGUUGCUGCUGACUGUUUAAAAAGUUUUUGUUCAACUAUCCAGAGUAGCUGUGUGUCUCCUAGAAUCUCCUCCAUGCUCCUGAGACUGUGCUGGGAGACACAGCAAACCCUCAGGCAAUGGUAGAGUCCAGGUAUCGCCUCAUGCUACCCAUAGUGACACUGAGCCUCGCCAAAUCAAAACUAGUGGAAAAAACUCUCUGAAAAGAUGAGGAUAGAGUCAGCCAAUUGUUUCCCCCUGAUUAACACCCCCCACACAACUGACCAGAUGAGUAUCCCAGAAAUGUAAUACUGUACUCUGAUCCAGGUGCUCCAUUUUUUGAGCUCUGUAUGACUGAUGACAGAUUAACAAGGAGCUGGAUUCUCAUAAAGUCUCAGUGAUCAUCAUGACAGGGAAACAGGAGCUACAGUGAGAAAAAAACCUGAGACUAUUUGUUUCGCUGUUUAUGAUUUUCCUUCAAUAGUCUGAACAAACUCGUUAAAAAUUUAAACUUGUAUUUUGAAAUUUUCAUUUGUAAAAUUUCUCACACAAAUU